AUGACUGUGGUUACUAAGACUUUAUUGCCAAGUGAGAAACAUCAGAGGGACAACUCCAUUUCACCAGAGACCAGGAUACCUCGGCCACAUGAAUGCCAGGCCGAAUGCCAGCUGAACCCAUCAGGCUCCAUUUCAGGCCAGCAGCCCCCGCCGCCGCCGCAGCCGCCGCAGUCCCAGCCCGCCCAGCCCCUGUCCGGUCAGCCUUUGCUAAGGUCCCCCUUGCCGCUGCAGCAAAAGAUCCUGCUUCAGAAAAUGCAGAACCAGCCCAUCACAGGCCUGGGGUAUCAAGUCUCCCAGCAGCACCGACAGGAUCAACACUCUGUGGUAGGCCAGAACACAGGCCCCAGUCCAAGUCCCAACCCCUGCUCAAAUCCAAACACCGGAAGUGGUUACAUGAACUCCCAGCCAUCACUGUUGAAUCAGCAAUUGAUGGGAAAGAAACAGACUCUACAGAGGCAGAUCAUGGAGCAGAAACAGCAGCUUCUCCUCCAGCAGCAGAUGCUGGUUGAUGCGGAGAAGAUUGCUCCACAGGAUCAGAUAAAUAGACAUUUGACAAGGCCACCACCAGAUUACAAAGACCAAAGAAGAAACACGGGCAAUAUACAGCCAACUGCUGCUCAGUAUUCUGGUGGCUCAUCAGCUGUGAAUUUAAACUCUAACCAGGCUUUGGCAAACCCAGUUUCAACACACACCAUUUUGACUUCGAAUUCCAGCCUCAUGUCUACUUCGCAUGGGACGAGAAUGCCAUCGUUACCCACAGCAGUUCAGAAUAUGGGGAUGUAUGGAAAUCUGCCUUGCAGUCAACCUGGCACAUACAGCGUCACUUCAGGAGUGAAUCAGCUGACCCAGCAGAGAAACCCAAACCAACUGAUAGCAAAUCAGAACACCCCUCUGAUGCCACGGCCACCUACCUUAGGGGCAAGUAAUAAUAAUAAUAACGUGGCCACUUUUGGAGCUGGACCUGUUAGCAAUUCGCAGCAGGUGAGACCAAAUUUAACCCACAGCAUGGCAAACAUGCCAGCGCAGAGAACGUCGAAUGUAAUGAUCACAUCCAGCACAACAGCACCAAACUGGGCCUCUCAAGAAGCGACAACCAAACAACAGGAAGCCCUGAAGUCCACGGCCGCCCGCUUCCCCACAGGUGCACCUGCAGCCUAUACUCCAAACCAGUCUCUACAACAGGCAGUGAGCAGCCAACAGUUUUCGCAGAGGCCAGUGGCUCCUCCUAACCAGCUCACACCAGCAGUGCAGAUGAGACCCAUGAACCAGAUGAGUCAGACAUUAAAUGGACAGACCAUGGGUCCACUCAGAAGUCUGAACCUCAGACCCAAUCAGCUCAGCACACAAAUUUUGCCUAAUUUGAACCAGUCAGGAACAGGGUUGAGUCAGUCGAGGACAGGCCUGAGCCAGCCGCCAUCCCUGACCCCGGGCAGUUUCCCUUCACCCAACCAAAGUUCCAGGGCUUUUCAAGGAACUGACCAUGCCAGUGACUUAGCUUUUGACUUUCUCAACCAACAGACCGAUAACAUGGGCCCUGCCCUGAACAGCGAUGCUGAUUUCAUUGAUUCUUUAUUGAAGACAGAGCCUGGUAAUGACGACUGGAUGAAAGACAUCAAUCUUGAUGAGAUCUUGGGGAACAACUCCUAAAGGAGAAGAGGGAGACAAUUAAUAAACUCCACGCACUAAAAGGCAGUAUUUCACAAGGACUCUGUAAAGGCCAAACUCUUGACUUUUAGUUGGACUAUGUGAAGAUACCUUGGCUUACACGUGGAAGCAGAAAGUUAACUGCAGUGCUUGGUUCAAAUGUUUGUUUUAAGUCUCAAACCUGAAAGUAAAAUCUUGGGAUCACCUUUCCCUGUCUAAACUCCAGGACACAGUAUCCAGUUUUCCCAAACAGAACUGUGAUGUUGAUGUGUAAUUAGUUGUGUAAAAUAGGCUUCCCAAGCUCCUUUCCUCCCUGAAAGAAAAGUAAUAGAGCUUGUCGCUUGCUAAAUCCCGUGUCAUAUGGAGAUUCUAGUUCCCAGCAACAAGCAACAAAUUCCUUCAUUUGCUCUAAUAGAUAAUAAGUGUGGUUUAAUCUUCCCACUCUUGUCUUUUCAUUUAGUUUUCCUAAAACAUCCAGGGUAGAUUAAAAUGUUAUAGGUUUGUUUGGAGUAACCAAACAGUGCCCCAAGUAGAGGAAAGCCAGAGAAGCUAGAGAACAUCCAAUGGAUUAUAGAGUUUCUUCCCCAGAUUCACCUCUCACUUGGUCAGUUUUCCCACGUACGCCGUACUUCCGCAACAUGCCGUGUCUAGUGAUGAAACAAGAUUGCAGAGCUCUCCAACUUUAUUUGGGCUUCCACAACCAAUUCCUGAAUCCAUUUCCAAGUCUUAGAUAAAAAUCACAACUUGUCCUAAUCAUACUGAAAUAUUGGUGCAUACCUGUCUGCAUCAGAUUUCACUAUUUCAAAAAGAAAACAUCCCGUGGGACAUGGCUACAAAGGAGAUUUAUCUAGCGACAAAUAACCUGGGGUGUUGCUUAUUGUGAUCAUGCCUGCUGGUUAGUUCCCAUGCUGAGUGAAAUUGAGCCCUGUCUUCCCUGCUUAUUUUGAUGACCAGAGACUGACUUGUAAGAAAACGGAGAUAAGAAGGUAUCUUGUUUUGAUUGGAGAUAAGAAACAGAAGAUCAGGACAAGAAAUGGUGGGUAUGGUUGGGUACAAAUCUAUUUCACAGGGUUUGAAGGAAAACAUAACUGAGAGAGAAAACAAUCUGUCCUGAUUUGGGCAUAUUUUGGGUGAACAGCUAAAGAGAAUGUGAUCUGUUCUCCAGUAGCAAUGUAUUCAUUCUUGGCUCCCUGAUAUGAUACAUCUUCACCAUAUGCUAGACAGACCCUGCAUAUCCAGGUUUUCUCCCUCAGAGAUACAGAGGUACAGAGCACUGUAUCAAAGAAAGAGUUUUUGUUGAGUCAUGUCACCUCAGCGCCCACACACAGAUCAGCUAUAAAAUGGGGAGGACAUGUGCUGAUUUGGAAUGGAUGCAAAAUAUCACUAUCGUUUUCCUCAUUACAGAAGAAUAUAGGUUAUCUUCAACCUUUUUAGUUAUAUGCCCACAUAUUCAAUUAUCAGAUGUAAUUUAACUGGACUUGUUUAAUAAAUAAGUCUUUGGAUAUCUGUUCUAAAAAAGAUCAUAUUUUGAAAGUUCUGCAAAGCCCUCUCUCAGUCUUUAAAAAAUCUAGAAGAACACUCUUUCUUUUACACAAUACCAACGUCACUGGCCCAGAAUCUUUUCUGUGCUAAGUUGUAAAUAUGAAUAAAUGACUUGUUUUGUAAACUUUUGUAAAGAAUAUUUUGGUAGAAAUACUCAAAACAUAUUCUUUGGGUUAUAUUUAUACAUAUGUGAAAUAAAUAUACUAUCAAAAGGUUAUAUUUUAUACAAAAAGUAAAUUGUUACCUUUUGUAUGCUAAUAUACAAAGUUUUGUAUAAUAUGAUGGUUUAUUUUUAGCUCUACACUUAAACCGUAAGAGGUCAAGUGGGAACUUUUGAAAACUAUCAAGAGGCUUGUUAGACAAAUUUAUAUUCUGAAACCUCAAGAAGAAAGCAUUCCAGGUUUCAGUUUUUUCUUUUUUUAUUUUUCUGCUCCCAAAUUAUUUUUUAAACCCAUAGUUCUUUUGUCUUAUUUGAUCCUACUGCUGUGCACAUUGUAUUGGUUCUUGUUGCAUGUGGUCUACUGUGUGUUUUCCCAUUUUAUAGAACAGUGUUUCUCCAUGCAAAAAAGGAAAAAAAAUAUGUACAUAUAAACACUUUUAUUUUAUGACUCCUCCAUGUUACUGUAUGUAUCUGCCAGUACUUCCCAAUUACACUCCUGUGAUUCAGCUUAUUUUUACCCUAACAUAAAUAGUAUGUUUUGUAGUAGCUAUCAAAUUUAAGAGAUAAAGCAAUCAGAAUGUUUGGAUUUUCUUCUAUCUUAAUGUGAAUUUCAUAAUUAAUGUCUAUUUAUUCAGCUAUUCAUUAAAAUACAGGAUUCUUUGGAAAAAAAUGGUGUAGUCUAUAGUUUCUGUUUUUUGGCAACCUAUGACCAAAGAUGAUGUAAUUUUCCUGAAAGCUGAGAUGAUGACAAUUUGAUAGACAGAAUGUAGCCAAAACUUGAAGAUUUACAAUGUAAAAGCUAUUGGAAUCCAAUCUCCCAUUUAUAAAGAUACCGGACUACUUAAUUGUUGGCAUUGUUUAUCAUUCUAACAUAUUAAACAGGAGGUAGAAGUCAUUUUUCUUUUUUUUUUUUUUUUGAUUCAAAGACUAGAAAGCAGUUUAAGCAAAUAAUUCAUUCUUGGCUUUGUGUUAAGCCCAAUGAAGAUAAAUAACCUUGCUCUAAGUGAAUGCACUAAUAUUACUUGCAUUACUGUAACUGUACCCAUAACUGUAAAGAUUUCAACUUGUAAAACAAGUAUUUUGUAUUGUGUGUAAUUUCAUGUGUUAAAAAAUAGUUUUAAAAAAUUC